CAUAUAAUGGUGUUGAUUCUCUGUAUUGCUGCAUGUGAAUCGGCUCUUCUGUUCUGCCCUCUCACAUACUGUACAUUAAAGAAUAAAGGCAUAAAGCUGCUGCUUCAUGUUUGUCUUCACUUUUGCCCAAAUGUUAUGAUGUUACUGGCUUCGGUCCUCUGGUAUGCUGCUGAAGGAUCUUUGCUUGAGACAGUCUCUUGCUGUACGCUCUAUAUUUUGAGGCCUCUGAGGUUGUUUUGGGUUACACCUCAUAUCAGUGAUUUUCCAGACACAAUUAUUAACCGUAUUGAGUCUUCACAUGCUGAUCAGUAUUUUCCUGCUGUUUUGGUAGUGAUGUAUUCAGCUCUGUUAGCAGAACAUUUCAAAGACUUCGACACAAUCACUGUGGUGUUUAUCUGUGUGUCAUUAAUCCUGCUGUGUCUGAGCUUUGUCAUACAUUUGGCUAAAUGUUGUGUGAAGUUGCUCUCAGCAGCCUUUGGAGAAUCGUGUCAACUAAAGAGCAAUGAAACUAUUAAGAGAUUUGCUGCCUGGUUGUGUUUUUAUUCGCUGCCUUCAGCACAACUCUGUCUUUUUAUCUACCGUGUUGACUUCAGGACAAGUAAGCAAUAA